AUGGAGCGUCAAGAAGGAAGAGAACAGCCCUUUUCAAUUAUCCAUCAUUUGCAAGAUCCUAAUCCCAAUCAGGAGUUGUGCCCAUCGACUGAAGAAUUCUCAGCUAGCAAAGAUCUGAACUUCAGGCCUCAAGCAGCUCGAGUACCUUACAACAACAAUAUGCUGUUGCGUAUGGAUCAAUUCGCCAGAAAUACAUACAACACUAAUGAGACGCUCAACAAAUAUCAUCUCCCCUUGUCGACUUUGCCUCCCGAGUUUCGUUUGCAAUCAUCUUCUCGAUUUGCAGGGAAGCAUUCGCAUCAACAAGUCACUAUGCCAUUUGGGGACUUAGUUGAUCUACCAAUAGUGGAGGCUAACACUCACCAAACCCAAUGGUCAUAUUCCACAGAUGCAUAUGAAAUUUCAAACCCACUGAGGUCACUGGGUAUUCAAGGCCAUCAAAAUCUUGCAAGUGGAUCAAGCGGCUUUAAUCACGAUGGUGGAAGUUCUUUCUCUCAUUACCCUCUUAUGUCACGACAAAAGAGGAAAACAAUUUGGCAAGACGACAAUGCUCCUCAUCGCUCAAGCUAUCACCUUGCACAAGUUGGAAAUGAACAAGGUCAUAGAUAUUCGCUGUAUGAUCCAAAGUAUGAAACAAUUGGUCUGCAUGUCGAUCCACAUUUAAGAAUGUAUGCCUUUUCCAACAGAAAUACAGGAAAUGAUAAAGGUAAUGGUAAUUAAUAACGGGGAAAGAAUCGACAAUUAUGGGGAGUCAUGGAUCUUCGGUUAAAAGAAGAAGAAAGCCAAGUAAUAGUGUUCUUAAGUUUCAGAAUAGAAGUUGUUAGUUUGGUUUCUUAGUUGCAUGUUUAUUGAAUUUUCUAUUAGUUUCGUUGGGGUUUUACUGAAUUUAAGGCAUGGAUAUAUGAUUUGUAGUUAAAGCAUGUUUUUUAAA